UGAGUUGUAACUAAACUGCGCUGCUGGCUGUGAGUGCUGCACUUCUCCGCGAAUACAAACUCCAAAUUCAUUCAAGGUUCUUUAUUGCACCACCGUAACCACCACCACUCCCACCAAAGAAUCCCUCUGCCAUCAUACCUUCAUCCACACAAGAGUCAAGAAUCGAAUCCCCUUGUCGCUUCAUCUUCCUUCCCUGCAAUUUCUGUACAUUAUUCUGUUCUCCCACUUCUGCCUUGCUCCUGCACAUCAAGGCUUUUAGAUCAUUCGAUUCAACUUCUCUUGACCUCAGUGACAACUUCAGCAGUCACUCUAAUCAAAGCCUUUUCCCGCUACUAUCACUGUCUACAGCUUGUCUAUCCUGUCCUCAGAUAAAUCCCCUCACUGACCUCCGACGUCGUCUUUGCCCUCCUCACCUCCAAUCUUGAAAUCAGAUUCUGCCUGCAUCGCAUCGUCAAAGGCAAAUCUCACCUGUCUCAUGCAGCCUAUGCUGCCACAACACGGGGUUUAGAGAAGAUGGGGAAGGUUACGAGGAAGCCACAGGAAAAGCACAAGGUGUCGUUGUCUCCUGCGGUCUCGGAUCUCGUCAAAAAGGUUACCACUGUCGGCCUCGCAGAUCUACCGGCCCUCAUCAAUGGAUGGUCCCAGCGAUGGCCUUACCCCCGCGGGGACUUGAACAAUUGGAUUGAACCUCUUGAUCGCUUCGACUCUAUCCUUCAAUCCUUCAUCACCAAAUAUGGCCUCGAUCAGGGUCCGCAAGUAAUUCCCUUUGGCACCUCUCUCCUGCUCGAAGGAAGCCCUGGAGUUACCGAAGAGAGAUUAAAGGAACUCAAAUUCGGCCCUGAAGGCGACAGAGAGUUGAUCGAGGUCAUCCUCGUCUUUUCCAAGCUCCUUGUCGAGAAAUGUGCCAAUCGAGCCGUCUACAAUAGCACCGACCGUCUGAAUGACCUGCUCAACACAACCUCUCUCUCUCUCCUGCGAUGUACUCUGCGUAUCACAUUCUACCUGGCUCAGAGAUAUGCUGAGCGUCCUCCCCACCCGCAACAAUUGUCUACAAAAUUCUACGAUUUCGAUCAUGGCCGCCUUCAAAAACUCGCCGCCCCGUUCGAUCAACCGCAGACUCCAGCCCUCAAGAGAACGCCCACCUCUCCCCUCAAGCAAAAGUCCAAAGACAAACUGACCCAUGCCAGCAAGGCCAGGCGAAAUUCCACAUCCACAUCUCCCAAUGAUUUCCGUGCUCUUUGCAGAGACCCACCUGCCCAAGGUGAUCGCCAUAAAUCGUCAGCUGCACCUGAUCGAGACUGGCAACAGUGGGCUCAUGUGAAGGUUUCGUGGAAGCAAGCAGUCAUUGGUGAUCAUCCUUCCAGUGCUAGUCAGACACACGCAUCCGACAUGCCAUCGACACCCACUCCGACUAGACAUCCAGUCUUGCCAUCCUCAAGAUUCGAGCCGGCCGAUUCACCCUCAGACCCCUCACACACCCAAGAUCUCUCCAAGUCCGCUGCCUCUGACCAGAGGACAAUCGAGUAUUCAUUUGUAGACCUGACCGGUCAUAAGAUUGAAGACUUGUUAGCCGAAGCCCCCGACAAUAUACCCGCCGACGUCAAGUAUGACUUGCUGCAUCAGUUACGUGUGGCAUAUGGUCUGGUCACUUCUUCCAAAACUCGCAAGGAGUUGUUGGCAGUUCGACUCCUCGCAAUCGCAAGUCUUGCCAAUGUUUUCACCGAAGCUGAACUGGCCCAAAAGGUCUUCCAGGUUGAGGGAACGUCUUUCAAGCCCCACGAAUUAAUUCAACAACUAGUCGGUCUGACUCAUGACCCGAAGAAAGGCCAGGGGUCUGUCCCUUUGUACUUGCAGACCAUUGCAAUGGAAACCAUGGGUGUUCUGGCGCCUCACAAGUUGUUUGCUUCCGACAUCAAUGCCGCGCUCGGCGCAGGUUCCGCUAAUGGCUUGCUGGCUCAACUCACCCAAAAAGGUCUCGCCGACAUCGCCAAGGGGGAGGGAAGCAGUACCGAUAAUGUCGUCGGUGAUGACUGGAGAGAUGCCAUUUUCUCUCUGCCGAGGACCCUAAUCGAAGCCACUGGUCAUCAUGGUCGGUCUAGCGAGCCCGUCAUUGCUGCAUCAUUCGUCUCGGCCUAUCUGACUGGCUUCAACAUCACCACCGCAAAGGCCAUGCGAGUCCAUCUUCGAAUGCUGGAUUUCGUCAAGACUUUCUUCCACCACUUCAAAGAUGGCAUGGCAACCUUGAUGGCCAGCAAUGCCUUUGAAGCCAUCAGUACGCUCCUGGGAAAACUUGUCAGCGAUGCCUCGCAAAUGUAUAAGGAUGGUGAGGGUAUUCCUGCUCAGUUUCGCACCCGUGCAACCGACUAUGAGAUCCCAUACAUGCAUCAACAGAUUAUCCGCUCUGUCAUUGAUAUGAUCAACGACAUCAGUGGCCAUCAAGAUCCCCAGGCUGAUCGCGUGCUGAGAAGUCUGGUAGACUCACAGGCACUGCUUCAAGCCUUCCGCUUGAUCGCGGAUAACCUUCCGGCAUUUGGCGCUCAUACUUGGAGCGAGGUCGUCAAGGCUGUGUGUGGGUUCCUCCACAACGAGCCCACCAGCUACACAGUCAUUUCUGAAGCUGGAAUUGUUCAGAGUCUAUUGAACACGGUUAAUGGCUCCCAGUCUGUCAAGGCUAGCUCAUCGUUGUCACCCGACGCGGACCAUGUCUCUUCCGUUACUCGAUAUCAGGCUCCCGGCAUCCCGCCCUCCAUCGAUGCCAUCAUCAACAUUUCGCAAGUCUUUGGAGCUAUCUGCCUGACAAAUGCUGGUUUCGAGGCUUUCAAAUCUUCGGGAGUGCUGGAUGCCUUCUUCACCAUCUUCGAGUCCCCCCCCCACGUCAAGGUCCUCAAAGACACAAACACUUUGGCACUCCUGGGGUCUACAUUCGAUGAACUUGUCCGUCAUCACCCGAACCUGCGAACAUCUAUCCUUAGUGCCGUCAUUGUCAUGAUUGCUCGUGUCCGACAUAUUUGUCGUUCAUUGGCGGUUACUCACGGCGCGGGACCAAAACUUUGGCUCCCAGCCAAGGAAGAUGUUUUUGAUCCCUGUGGUGGUCGUCAGUCGCUCUCCCUGGAAAUUCUACCGCCUGUGAAUCCGGGAGUGGACGGUUCGCAGAAUUCGCACUCCCUCAAGUUGCCGAAUGGUCGAACCCUGCUUCUGGUCGACGAGACUCUUCCACCCACCGAUGCAGCGGUGGCCCCAGCCGACUCUGAUGGCCAUGGUUUGUCGGCGAAUGAUUAUGCGAGACCUGCCAUUGCUUUUCUGGUGACAUUCUUCGAGAACCAAACCCUUUGUACCAAUUUUCUUGACUAUGAUGCUGCCGAUUUGGUCCUUGAUUUCAUCACCCUUCCCAGUCUGCCAGUCGGAGAACAAGCUUUCGCCCGUCAGGAUGGCCUUUUCCAAGAAUUAGCUUCCGCGGUUCACAUGAUGGCGGAAACGAAACCUGGUAUAGUACUGCCGGCACUUGUCGAUCGUGCUCGCUUUGCCUGCGCUGAGUUGAAGCACUUUAGCCAGAAUCAGCCAAAUGAUUGGACUUGUUACUUCGCACCCCUUAUCAAGCCCGGUAUCUCCAAUGCCGGAGAAGGAAACAACACGUCCUCUUACAUCGAAAUGCACGGAACACGAGUGGUCAAGAGUUUGAUGGCCACGUUCUGCCUCUCGCAAGUUCUGGCCGAGGUCUUUAAUGCCCCGAUGUACAGCACACGGUCGGCGCAAACUUAUCUCUUCGGCAACGUUAACCUCGCGGAUAUCCUUGCAGAGGUUAGUAAAAUGUUGGGCAGCAUCUCAGCUGCCUGCUAUCGCGAGGAAAUAGCCCUUCAGCGCUCGAUCCCACAGAAUUGGUUGGCGGCAACAAAGCCUGAGCACUUUUCGACUGGGGACGAUGAAGUGGACAAAGUCCUGAGCGUCCGACCGAAAGGCAAUUCUCCCGGGGAUAACACGUCUUCCGACCUGCUUGACAUGAGCGAUCCGGAAAAGCUUGACACUGAAUCCCUGGAGGAGGCGAAGCGGACGCCCUUCUUCAGGAAUGUCCAGGUGCUUCGAUAUCUCUUGAUUGUGACGCCUGCUGCGAACACCGAGUUCCUGUGCCGGCUGGGUCGUGGCAUUGUCUGCCGUCGUCGGCCAGACACCUUUGCCAAGCAAAAGAUCGCCUUGGUUGCUGGCGCCCUGUCUGCAGCCUACAUGACACAGUUACAGCCCUACUUCCUUGGCCCAGAGCGGUCGCAAGAUCAGACAUUCGAGGACCUAGACGCGCGCUUUACAUACUUGGUUGUUGCACUCGACAAUAUUCGCCGAAGCUUUUACGAUGAUAGCAAUUCCUCAGCAGGGCCUUUACCUGCUGCACGCCAGAGCUUUGUCGUAGAAACGUUCCGAAAGGCGGGGGGCAUCAAAGCCCUCACCAAAAUCGGCACCGAGUUCUUCGACAAGCUCAAGUCUUGUAAGGUCGAGCAGUCAAUAUUUUGCGCCAAUGCAGGUCUCAAGAUCUGUCUGGAUAUCCUGGACGAGUUUACUAAUUCCAAAACCAUCAUGGAGUCGUUGCAGUCACAUACCUUGAAAAACCCGGAGCCUCAGAAAGCUUAUUUCUUCGUUCCAUCCCAGGUCCUCCUCAGCUUGAGGGUUGAGGCCCUCCCACUGACGCGUUUGAUCUGGGAAAGCGAUUAUGCAGACCAGGCUUCCAAAGACGUUGUUCAGAAACUAGUUUCCAUCCUCAAACACGUUCUGACCGGCGAUGCGGAAGCGGAAGCCAUUCAGAGCAGUGCUCGUCAACCUCUGAUUACUCCUGGUCCUGCUAGAAAGCCGACCAUAGAGCCGUCAAAGGUCAGCACGCUCCAGGAUAAGGGCUAUGAUGAGGCUCUGGCCCGGGAAGCCAUCUAUCGCACAAAUACGCAGACCUCUGGUUCUAACACAGCCGCUGAGGAGUAUUGCAGAGCCAUCACGGCUAAUGCGCGACGCAGACGUCUCCCGAUUCCGGACAGAGAGAUCGAAGCUUCACAAUCCGCUCAUCAGACACCGACUGCCAUGAGCCCGCCAGUCAACUUCCCAUCAGACCCCCUUGCAGCUGCUCUUUUUGGAUCUCCCUCUCGACCAACCGAGGCCGCAUUCGCCUCGAGGAUGAACAAUGACUUGGAAGACGAUGACAUGGGAGAUGGCAUGUUGCAUAAUCAAGGAACUGUGACUGUGUCACGACGUUCAGAGAACCCAUCUGAGCCGGUUUCAUCUGCCAUGGACAUCCACAAUAUCCUCAAUGAUGAAUCAGCUCGCUCGCAGCCCGUAUCCGCCGAAAAUGACCGACCAGAGUCGUCUGUGAUGUACUCCGUUGAGACCAUUAGCACAGAACGAGUUGCUAUCCGGGAGGAACUUGCAGAUCAUUGUAAUAAUGUUCUCAAUACUCACCAGAACCUCACCUUUGAACUCUCGGACCUGAUCCUCAGUGCCACAAAGAAGCUAAGCGAAGAUGAUGCCAAAGAAUACUGGCGCACCACCUCUGACCUACUUGUGACGUCCUUGUUGUCAAUGCAAGUUGAUGACGACAUCAGCGAAGGCCGGGGCAAGAAAAUCGCGGCUGCAGCACAUCUUGUCGCUCUUCUUAUUCAAGAUAGCGAUGUCUUUAAAGAUACCCUUGGUGUCUACCAAGACUCGUUCGAAGGUCUCCUGACUUUUCUCCAAAUUCCAGCAGGCAGUGAGCGUUCGGCAGAAGAUUCUUUCCAAUGGGUAGCGCCUGUCUUGCUGAUCAUGGAGAAAAUGCUGUCCAAAGACAGUGAGCCCUCCGAUGUCAAGUGGGAGCCCCCCAGCGAUCUAGAGACCAGCAAAAAGGCCCUAAUUAUCCCUGUGUCGAUCCUGACUCACGAGCAAAAAUCUGAUCUAUUUGACGCUUUGAUGGGCCUAUUGCGAAGAGUUGGUAAGGACAAAACGAUGGCCUUGGCAAUUUGCCGAAUCCUCGUAAUUCUCACUCGUACACGAGAGAUUGCGACUCGCCUAGGCGAGAAGCGGAAUCUUCAGAGUCUUUUCCAUAUGAUAAAACAACUUGCCAAUGGAGUCGGACAUCGACUUCAGAGCUCUUUCAUGACUGUUCUAAGACACAUUAUUGAAGACGAAGAGACGCUGCGGCAAAUUAUGCGCAGCGAAAUCCGUGGAGUUUUUAACGGACGAAAUUCGACGCGGCAGAUGGACACAACUGCAUAUAUUCGAGAACUUCACCAUCUCGUCUUACGUUCGCCAGAGAUCUUUGUUCAAACUACCAGCGAACUCGUCAAGUUUUCGUCAUGGGCUCCACAUAGCAGUUCGGGGUUGGCCCUUCAAGAACCCCAAAGUGGGCGUUUGCAAGACACCACAACCCAGGCCAAUUUCUCAAACGACGACGUAGUCAUGGAACCUACGGCAAGUGUUGAAUCGCCAGACGACCAUGCAGAUGGCGGACACAAGAGUAAAGGCCCCGAGUUGAAGGCUCCGGUUGUUGAGCAUCCCGACGGAGUGAUUCACUUCAUACUUUCGGAGCUUAUGAACUACAAAGAUGUGGAGGAUGCGCAGGUAGUCACCGAGACUUCUACAACCAAAGCAAGUCCCCAGGCCAGCGAUGGCCCUAACUCUGGAUCAACUGGAGAGACCCGGGAAGAUUCAACUCCUCAGCCUUCCACGCCCUCAAAGCAUGACGCGAGCAAGUUUAGACCUGAGGAUCACCCCAUCUUCUCGUAUCGUUGCUUCCUGAUGUAUACCCUGACUGAGUUGUUGCAUUCGUACAACCGCGCCAAGAUCGAGCUCAUCAACUUUUCAAGAAAGGCAGAGUCUACCGCCAGUACUCCGUCCAAACCUCGGUCAACAGUUCUGAAUUAUUUUCUCAAUGGGCUGAUCCCUUCCUGCUACAUUGACAAAGAUGACUCCGUUCACUGGCGGAAGAAAUUCCUUACUAGCGACUGGGCAAUACGCGUUCUCGUUGCUCUCUGCGCAAAGACCGGGGAAAAGAAUUCGUUCACUCCUGGUUCUCGCCACGCUUCAACCAACACCGUUGACGAUCAAGAUGAUGAACCUGACUUGACCUUCGUUCGCCGUUUCGUCCUGGAACAUGCAAUCAAGUCGUACAAAGAUGCCAUUGCCUCGACAGAAGGUCUGCAGAUGAAAUACAGUCGGUUGCUUUGCCUUGCCGCCUUGUUCAACAGACUACUUACGAAGCCGGCUGUCCCUGAUGGUUCCCCCGGGUCCAAUAAUACGUCUUUCAAAGUGCUUGGGCGCAUGAUGUUCGAAAAGAAUUUGACCGCCGUCUUGACCAAUUCUUUGGCUGAGAUCGAUCUUUCAUAUUCCGGUUCGAAGCGGGUCAUCAAAUUCAUAUUGCGUCCGUUACAAGAGUUGACUACACUGGCGACCCAGCUCAGCUUGACUUCCCCUGAAUUACUGCAUCAGAUGACAGAUAACAUGUCUGAAGACAUCAUCUCGUCUGCUUCAUCUGUGUCUGAUGUCGAUGAAGAGCGCGAGGAAACCCCUGAUCUUUUCCGCAACUCUGCUCUUGGCAUGAUGGAUCCAAAUCAUAAUCAUGAGUCUGACUCCGAGUCGGACGAAGAUGAUGAGGACGAGGAGAUGUACGACGAAGAGUACGAUGAAGAAAUGGAAUACGAGAAUGGCAUGGUCGCUGGGGGUAACGAUGGAGAAGCUGUCAGCGACGAAGAAGUUGACGAUGAAAUGACAACGGACGGUCCAAUCGAAGGACUUCCUGGAGAUGUUCCUAUGGAGCUCGAAUUACUUGUCGAUGACCCUCACAUGGAAGUUGAUUCUGACGAUGAAGAGGACGAAGAUGAUGGAGAGUCGGAUUCGGAAGACGACGAUGGAGACGACGAUGAAGGCGAGGACUUUAUGAUCGAAGAAGAUGGCUCUGGAGAACUUAACGCCGACGAUGAGAAUGACAGCCUCAACGAUGGCCACGAAGGAGAUGAGGCUGAGUGGGAAGAUGAGGAUGAGGAAAACGAGGACGAUGAAAGUGAGGAUGAUGAUGGCCCUGGUGCGUUCGACGAUGACGAGAUGCCUCUAGAUGGUGCCCAACUUCGUGAAACCCCUGGGGUCUUCAGCAGUCUCCUCAGAGUCCUUGACAAUCACGACCUGGAUGGGCCUGUUGGGUUGUCAGCCAACAUUCCUCCGGAACUCAUUAUUCCUACUGGUGAUCCCGGUGAUGCUGGCGAAGACGAUGAGGACGAUGAGGACGAGGACGAGGACGAAGAAGGGGACGAAAUGGACGAGAACGAGUUUAUGGAGUUCGAUUUCGACCAUUUCCUAGCCGGACGGGGUGAUGAUGCCUUCGAUCCCGGCGACGGUCUUGUUUGGAAUGACAUGCCCCCUUUCACUCGCCGCCACCGUCCAAUGCGUGGUCCAGGCGGACACGGACCCAACUUCAUGGGCCGUCGCCUCGGUCAUGGACAAGAUAUGCAUCAUAUUCCACGCUCAGGCCGUCCAUCACAACACGGUCGUGCUGUUGGCGAUGACGGCACCAAUCCUUUGUUGCGUCGGCCCCAACCAGAACCAAGCAGGCAGCAGAGAAUCGAGUCUCUAGGCCACAACACCUUCUACCCGCAAGGCAUGGAAAAUUUUCCUGGAUUGGCCGGCUUCCCACCUUUGGGCACCUCUUUCCAAACUGUCGUUCGGAACAGCGAUGGCACUGAACCUCAUGGUUCUGUCUUGGAUGCCAUUGUGCAGGCUAUCCAUCGUGGUGACCCAGGAACUGGAGGUCGCAUGCAAUUCAGCAUGACUGCGCCUCUCGGCGAGAUUCGUGACAUUCUCCGACCGUCGAUGUCGGCAGUGGGUCACCGUCAUCAUGCUCGAGACGACUACCCACGCGCCAGCAGUUUCGUGCCUGCAACGACCAUGACAAGAUGGCAAGAAGAGGCUCGGAUUCUCUUUGGCAACACUUACGUCGACAAGAUCCAACGCGUUCAGAUCCUCAUUACCUCAUUACUAGUUCCUCCCGCUCAGCUAGAAGAGAAGGAAAAGCUUCGCAGGCGCGAGGAAAAGCUGAGACUCGAGCAAGAGACUCAAGAGAAACUUAGACUUGAGGCAGAGCGGAAGAAGAAAGAAGCUGAGGAGCAAGAAGCCGCCGCGAAGGCAGAAGAAGAACGUCUGAGGGCAGAGGCAGAAGCUGAACGUCUGGCGAGAGGAGAGGAUGAUGGCACCCUCAGCAAUACCAAUGCAGAUCCUGAACCCAUGGAAGACGUUCGGGGCGCUGAAGGUGCCAUUAGCGUUGAUGUAUCUGAAAAUGCCACAUCAGCAGCAGAUACCCGUCCACGGGUUUUCACCACGAUAAGAGGCCGACAGCUCGACAUCACGGGUCUUUCAAUCGAUCAUGACUACCUCGAGGCUCUUCCUGAAGAAUUACGGGAGGAAGUUAUCAUGCAGCAGUACGCUACCCGUCGGGAAGAGGCCCAACAAGAAGGCAAUACUGAUCCAAACGGAGGGAUUGACCAAGAUUUCCUCAAUGCCCUCCCCGAGGAGAUUCGCGAGGAACUCAGACAACAGGAGGCACAUGCACAGAGACGGCGGGAACGUGAGGCCGCUAGAAGACAGGCCUCUGCAGCAGCUGGUCAAGCACAGCCCGAGGAAAUGGACAAUGAUAAUUUCUUUGCCACCUUGGAACCGGACAUUCGUCGGGCUAUUCUCGCUGAGCAACCACCGGAAAUCUUGCGACAGCUCAAUCCUCGACAUGCUGCCGAAGGACGUGCACAUGCGAGACGUCUAAUGCAUUACACGGCCGUUGGAAAUGGAGAUUCUCGCGACGACCGAGCGAAUGAUGGCCCACAGCGUGAUAAGAAGCAAAUCAUUCAAAUGGUUGACAAGGCAGGGGUUGCUACUCUUCUCCGAUUGAUGUUUCUCCCUCAACAAGGAUCACUUCGGACGAAUCUUUGGGCAGUCUUGCGAAACAUCUGUGGUAAUCGACAGACGAGAUUCGAAGUCAUCCACCUCCUCCUCAUUGUUCUCAAGGAGGGUAGUACGGAUGUCAGCGCCGUCGAACGCUCUCUUGCAAAUCUCUCACUGCGAGCCAAGGCCACGGUCGGGCAGAAGACACCCCAACCGUUAAGACGCACACUAUCGAUGCCUGCUCAUGGUGGACUGAGUGACGAGGUCACGCCGUUGGUGGUUGUUCAACAAUGCCUUUCCGCCCUCAAACAGCUGUCCUCGAGUGGGAUGCAUAUUAGAACAAUCUUUCUCCGCGAAGUUGAUGUCAACAUGGUCUCCAAGAAAGGGAAGGCGAAAGCCGCAGAAGCAAAAUCGGCUAGAUACCCACUGAACGAUCUUGUGGGGCUUCUCGACCGCAAGUUGAUCGUUGAGAGCUCAACUUGCCUCCAAUCUCUUGCAGAAUUACUCGCUGCAGUGACCUCCCCCUUAGCGACACUGUUGAAAAAGGACAAAGAAAAGGUUUCGACUGAAAGCAAGGCGAUUGAGGACUCGAGUGGUGAUGCGACAGCAUCGACCGACUUGCCUCAACCUGCCACAAAUGAUACUCUGAACGAAGCAAGCGCCUUGAGUGAGACAGUAUCCCUUCAUGGUGUUGACGAAGCAGGCGCCGGUACCGAACCUACCUCGGAUAGCACAAAGAUCGACAACGUGGACGAGUCUGAGGAUAACAAAUCCAAAAAGACAUUCGAGCCCCCUGAAAUUUCGGAGCACAAUCUCAAACUGGUUGUUAGUAUUUUUGUCGCUCCCGAGUGUAAUAGCGACACUUUUCAUUCCACCUUGGAGACGCUGUCAAGCUUAUCAUGGAUACCGGGAACCGCUUCAGUCUUCAGUAAAGAGCUGAUAAGCCAUGUCAAGUCUCUUUCACAUUCCAUCAGCCUAGACCUGGAUGAUCUUUUGCCGCAUUUGAGGGAUGCACAGUCAAGCACAGACUUGCACAGCAUUUCUUCAUCAAAAUUUUCUCACUCAGGCUCUGACCAGGUCAAGCUGUUGCGAGUCCUUCAGGCUUUGGAUUAUCUCUCGGCCCCCAAGAAGGACGCAGAAGACGGUGAAGACAAUCCGGCCGUGAAGAGUAUCUUAACUUCAUCCUACGACACUCUUGCCCUCGGUCCUUUGUGGGCUAAACUGAGUGAUUGUCUAGCAACCAUCCGCGAGAAGGACAACAUUACAAGCUUUGCAAAUAUCCUCCUCCCCCUCAUUGAAUCUUUGAUGGUUGUUUGCAAGAACACCUCUCUCAAAGAUUCGGUGCUGGUCCGUCAAGUUAGGGAGCAUGCUGUGGGAAGUCCACCUCCGGAGUCCCUUAACGAUCUUGAAGAACUCUUUUUCAACUUCACCACCGAGCAUCGAAAGAUACUGAACGACAUCAUCCGUCAAUCUCCUAAGCUGAUGCAGGGCAAUGGUAGUUUUAGUCUGCUGGUCAAGAAUCCGAAAGUGCUCGACUUUGACAACAAGCGCGCUUACUUCACGAAACAAAUCCACUCUCGAUUACACCAGCAGAGACACAUUCAGCCGCCUUUGCAGCUCAGUGUUCGUCGUGAUCAAGUGUUUUUGGACUCCUACAAGGCGCUAUACUACAAGUCAGCUGAUGAGAUGAAAUAUGGCAAGCUCAAUAUCCGCUUCAGUGGCGAAGAAGGUGUUGAUGCGGGCGGUGUCACCCGUGAAUGGUUUCAGGUACUAGCACGUGGCAUGUUCAACCCUGACUGGGCCUUGUGGCAACCUGUGGCUGCAGAUCGCACCACUUUCCACCCCAAUCCCUUGAGUUGGAUCAAUGGCGAACAUCUUCUCUACUUCAAAUUCAUUGGUCGAAUCAUCGGCAAGGCUUUGCAUGAAGGCCGUGUCCUCGACGCUCACUUCAGCCGCGCUGUCUACAAGCGCCUUCUCGGCAAAGAAUCCAACCUCAAAGAUCUAGAGUCCAUGGAUCUUGAUUACUACAAGAGCUUGAUGUGGAUUCUACAGAAUGACAUCACAGAUGUCAUCACCGAAGACUUUUCGGUCAUUGAAGAGCAGUUUGGAGAAGAAAAGGUUGUGGACUUGAUCCCUGAUGGUCGAAAUAUUCCCGUCACAGACGAAAACAAGAUGGAAUAUGUCAAUGCUCAGGUACGCUAUCGGUUGACGACAUCAGUGAAAGAACAGCUUGAAUCAUUCGUUCGAGGUUUCCAUGACAUUAUUCCAGCCGAAUUAAUCGCCAUCUUUGACGAGCAAGAACUGGAGCUGCUCAUAUCGGGCCUGCCUGAAAUUGAUGUUGAUGAUUGGAGGGCUCACACGGAAUACCACAACUACACUGCCAACAGUCCUCAAGUCACCUGGUUCUGGCGUAUAGUCCGUGGUAUGAGCAACGAAGAAAAGGCCAAACUCUUACAAUUCGUCACUGGUACCAGCAAGGUUCCACUCAACGGUUUCAAGGAUCUAGAAGGAAUGACUGGGACGACAUUGUUCAGUAUCCACAAGGAUCCUAGCCAAUCACGCCUUCCAACCAGUCACACCUGCUUUAAUCAGCUUGACUUACCGGCUUACGAUGAUUAUGAUACUCUGAGGAGUAGUUUGAUGACAGCGAUUAAUCUUGGUGCAGACUAUUUCGGGUUUGCAUGAGUAGGGGGAGGUCGAUCAAAAAUGGGAUUGAUCUGGAAGAUUCGUCCUAAUGUCACCAUCAUGGCGUUAAACUGGCCUGAUUUUCUCAUACUCAUAGCUGCAGGACACUUGUGUAAAUGGGGCGCGUCACAUUUGCCUGUGUCAUAGGACACGUACAAUGGCAAGGUGGAACUGUAUGAAAAAUUGGAGAGCUGAUCAGACUAGGGGAGUCGGCAUAUCUUACAGUGGCCUUGCAAGGCAGGGAGGGGCUUUAUGAAUUGUGCAGAAUUCAAGGUCUUGCCCUGCCUCAAAGCGCCGUUGCUACUAGAUAGAUUAUGUAGGAAAUGAUUGAUUCCAUCAAG